CCCACAGCCUGACUGAUGCAGUGUGUACCAGUGAAAGUCUGCUCCACCCUACACACACAUUUAACCUCCACCUGUCCUACCUGUCGCUUGUUCUUCACACACCUGCGGCAUCACGCAGGACCGAUGAACUAUGUGCUAACAAACAAACUGAAACAAAGAUGAGACGAAACAUCAGCUGCCGAGCACUCAUCUUCUGUGCUCUCUGCAUAGGAUACUACACAGCUCAGAGCACUGCAGUACAGUGCAACUCAACUGAAACCAACGCAACACAGUCAUACACUUUGUGCACGGAUGGGAAUAUUACCAGCACAAGUAACAACGUCUGUAAAGGUGUAGACAGCCUUCCAGUUGAGACUGCAUUCUCAUCUGGAAAUAUUUCUGCAGUACUGUGCAACUUCAGCAUAACUGACUAUGCCUGUUCAUCAGUUGUUGUUCUAUCCUCUGAUGAUCUGGCCACACUGCUCACAUGCAAACUGCCAAGCAGCCUGAACUACUCUAAAGAAACAUGGAAGCUUUUCUUCCAGAAUUUUCCUGGACCUUUGGAUGAUGUACUGGACAGGUUUUCAAACAUGACCCACAGCAGCAUUCGGCCUGACCCAAAUAUACUUGAUGCCAUCUGGGAGGUGAUAAUCAAGGACUUCACUGCAGCACAGCUGAUGAAUGCCACUUUCAUCACUGAGUGGUUCCAGAUGAGGCUCAGACCAUUUUUGUCAUCAGUGUCCACAGACUUUCUGUCCAGCCUCAGUUCCAAAAGCUUCAGCUGUGAGAGCUACCAGGCUGUGGUGGAAGCUCUUAGCAGUCAGGAAUCACUCAUGAAAGAGGAACAGAAGCAGUUGGUCUUUACUUCAUUCAUCUUUCCCUUCCUGUCAAGAGUUGACCUCCCAGACCCUGGCUGUCGUUCCAACACUUCUGGCAGCAAUAAGUGGCUUGAAAAGAACCUUGGCAAUUUCUCCAAUUAUGCCCCCUUGGAAAAGCUCAAAAUUCUAAAUGCAAAUUUCUCCAGCGAUGCAGUGUUAGGCUUACUGUCCAGUGAGCAGAAGGCACAGUUCAUCUUGCAGCCGGAUUCAGGAGUGUUGGGAAAUGACUCUGUGUUUAGAGAGGUGUUUAGCAGUGUGAUCACAUCUUUAGAUCGGAAUCAACUUGGCAGCUUCUUGACAGUCUUCCACCAGACUGCAAUACAAGUGAGGAUCUCUGUAGUCUACAAACCAGGGCACAUUUCUUUUCGCAAUAAGACACGUUUAUUCUAUGCAUACUAAUUGAUGGAGUCCGAGUGUGUCCAGACUGUUAAUCCGUGCUGCUGUGUGUUUGCAGAUGAACAUGACUAGCAUUCCUUCAGCAAUAUCAGACACCAUUCUGAACAUGACACUCUUGGAUCUGGUGCCUCACUUCCAA